AGCGGCGCCCGAGUUUCAACCGGGAAUGGAAAACAAAAUGUGAAAGAAAUGGCCAUUUAAUUCUAUUUUUAUGGCGUGGUAGUAAUGGAGGAGGUUGCAAAGGGAGUCUCUUCCUUAUCGCCUGAGGAAGGAGAAGAAAACGCCACACAGAAGGGUAAAAUAUGGUGUUUACAACGAGUUGGGAAAGAAAGCGGCUGGCUACGGCUCUUCGAAAAUACUGAGGUUACUAUCGGACGUGGCCUGAAUGUCACCCAUCAGAUUCUGUCCGUGAGUUGUCCAUUAAUGAUCUCCAGAAACCACUGCAUGUUUAAACAGAGAGAACACGGCCAGUGGACGGUGACUGACAAUGAGAGUCUAAAUGGCGUGUGGGUGAAUGGUAAUCGGAUAUCCCCGGGGAAACCUCAUGUUCUGCAACAGGGUGAUAUUGUGCGAUUCGGCGUCCCGUUGGAUGGCAACCCAGUUGAGUUUGAGUAUGUUCUUCUCCGUUCCAGCCUAGACAAAAUCAAAGAUUUCUUGACAAAAACAGCUGAAGCAGAAGUCAAAGCUUUGACAUCCAGACCAAAAAAAUCAAAACGAAAAUUUGGGACAGAUGAGACGGAGCCGAACAGCACACCGGACUCGAAACCGAAGCGCUAUCGCGUGUCCAACACGGAUAAAUCUCACAGCCUGCCAUGUCCCAUGGCAGCAACACAACCUGAUCAGGCUGGACCUAGUGAACCAUCUGGGUGCUUCGCUUCGUGUAGUGACAGCAGCCAGCAUCUGACUACCCUAAAACGCUACAGUGAGAACCUGAAAGCGUUGAAGAAGCGUAUGGGCGCCACACAGAAGCGGGCGGCUGAGUUAGAGGGGCAGGAGGGCUCAAGUCUAGAGCAGCAGCAGGAAAUGGAGGUUCUGCAGGAGCAGAUGAAGCUGCUACGAGGCGAGUUAAACUCGCAGCAGGAACUGGCACGGCAGCGCAUUGAGAUCCUGGAGAGGUCCGUGUGUGAGGAGGAGAGACGACUGGCGAUGGAGAGAAGCCAGGAGAAAGAAGAUGGCCUGAAAAAACAACUAGAGGAGGCUUUGAAAGAGCACCGCAGAGUAAUAGAAGAGCUCAAACACGAAAGGGAGGGAUUUCAAGAAGUUCUUCAGGCCAAAGACAAGGAGCUGGAAGUUACCAAGGAAGAGAAAGAGCGGGCGAGAGCUCAGAAGGAAGAGGUGGUCACACAGAUGACGGAAGUGCUGGAGAAUGAACUGCAAUGCAUCAUCUGCUCAGAGCUCUUCAUCGAGGCAGUGACGCUGAGUUGCGCUCACAGUUUCUGUCAGCACUGUAUCGAAGACUGGCGGAGACGCAGAGACGAGUGUCCCAUCUGCAGGCAGCCCAUUGUGUCGCAGGCUCGCUCUCUGGUGCUGGAUAACUGCAUUGACCGUAUGGUGGAAAACCUGAGCACUGUGAUGAGGGAGAGGAGAACAGCACUUAUCGGCCAGAGGAAAGGUGAGAGGUCGGCGCAAAGCACCUUCUGUCGGACUGGUUGUGAUCCAGGACGAUAGUGACAGCGAUCCAUCGGUUCAACCAUCCAACACGGCAAAGGCAACCUGGUGAAGCCCUCUGUGACUCAGUAGUAUCAGUGUGUAUGAACGAUAAGAUGAAUGUGAAAUGUACAGCUAUGAGUUUGUUGCUGUUUUGUAGAUAAUUGUCUUACUUGUGAGUUUUUUUUUUUUUUCUUUCUGUUGAACAAUAAAUAAGAUUUAUUAGAUUAUCACUCAGAUAUUCCACUUUGGAUAACUGGUGAUGUCAUCGAAUGGUUUUUAUCUCACACGUGUAUUUGUUUGGUCGGUCAGUUCUUUAUUGUUCUGGAAUAUUGCACCUACUCAUGUGCUGAUGCUCAGCAAUACAGUUAUUAGGCCCUUAUUUCACCAUUCUCCCUGUAAUCUGUUCAUGGCAAGGAUGUGUAGGCAUUAGGCUGGGCUGGGGUGGGGUUUUGGGAGACAACAACCCAACAGGUUAUAGGUUCCAUGAAAAAAUUGACUGGCAAACCUGUUCCUGUGACUAUAAUUGAAUUAUAUUUGUCUAACACUAGGGGGCAGCAGAUUCAUUUCUUUGACGUAGCCAUCCUUCAUGUACUAGUGCAUCUCAAAAAAAUUAGAAUACCAUGAAAAAGUUCCUUUUUUUUCAUAAUUUAAUUCAUAAAGGUAAACUUUCAUAUAUUCUAUAUUCAUUACAUGUAAAGUGAAAUAUUUAAAGCCUUUUUUGUUUUAAUUUUGAUGAUUAUGGCUUAUAGCUCAUGAAAAUCAGAAAUCCAGUAUCUCAAAUUAUUAGAAUAUUCCCGAAGAUCAAUCAAAAAAAUGAUUUACAAUACAGAAAUGUCCAACUUCUGAAAAGUAUAUUCAUUUAUACACUCAAUACUUGGUCGAGGCUCCUUUACCAUGAAUUACUGCAUCAAUGCAGUGUGGCAGGGAGGUGAUCAGUCUGUGGCACUGCUGAGGUGUUAUUGAAGCCCAGGUUGCUUUGAUAAUGGCCUUCAGCAUAUCUGAAUUUUUGGGUCGGGUGUUUCUCAUCUUCCUCUUGACAAUACCCCAUAGAUUCUCUAUGGGGUUCAGGUCAGGCAAGUUGGCUGGCCAAUCAAACACAGUAAUACCAUGAUCAGCAAACCAUUUGGUAGUAGUUUUGGCACUGUAGGUAGGUGCUAAGUCCUGCUGGAAAAGGAAAUCAGCAUCUCCAAAAAGCUCGCCAGCAGAUGGAAGCAUGAAGUGCUCUAAAAUCUCCUGGUAGAUGGCUGUGUUGACUUUGGACUUGAUAAAAUACAGUGGACCAACACCAGCAGAUGACAUGGCACCCCAAAUCAUCACAGACUGUGGAAACUUCACACUGGGCUUCAAACACCUUGGAUUCUGUGCCUCUCUACUCUUCCUCCAGACUCUAGAACCGUGAUUUCCAAAUUAAAUGCAAAAUGUACUUUCAUCUGAAAAGAGGACUUUGGAACAGUCCAUUUCUUUCUCUCCUUAGCCCAGAUAAGACACUUCUGACAUUGUCUCUGGCUCAGGAGUAGCUUGAUAUUAGGAAUGCAAAAGUUGUAUCCCCUUUCUUGAAGAUGUCUGUUCGUGAUGGGUCUUGAUACACUGGCACCAGCCUCAGUCCACUCCUCGUGAAGCUCUCCCAAGUUCUUGAAUCAACUUUUCUUGACAAUCCUCUCAAGACUGCGGCCAUCCCUGUUGCUUGUGCGCCUUUUCCAGCCACCCUUUUCAGCAAUGACCUUUUGUGGCUUACCCUCCUUGUGGAGGACAUCAGUGAUCAUCUUCUGGACAACAGUCAAGUCAGCAGUCUUCCUCAUGAUUGUGGUUGUGUGUACUGAAUUAGACCGAGAGAUACACUGUGUUCAUGCUGUUUUACUCAAACUCGAAAUGAAAUAUUCUAAUAUUUUGAGAUGUUUUUUUUUUGUACUGUAUGCCAUACUGAUUAAAAUAGAAAAAUGCUUGAAACAUUUUAGUUUGUGUAAUGAGUCUAUAAUAUAUAACAUUUUCACUUUCUUAAAUAACUGAUGGAAAAUAUUUAACUUUUUCACAAUAUUCUAAUUUUUUGAGAUGCACUAGUAUAUGACCUGACUAUAGGCACAAACAUAACCCCAGGAUUGGAGAACACGGAGUGAGAGAAGGAAUUUGACCACAGUUGUUGUGGUUGUUCCUCGCCACUAGCUUUUUUUUUUUAAUUAACAGAAAUUAAUUUCAUUAUCUAACAUUUUUUACAGAAUGAAUUAUGUUGUGAUGUUAAAGGAGAGCUGAAGUCAUUUUUAAACUUGCUUUAUUUCUUAAUUAACGUGUUAUUCAAUUAUGUUUUCGGUUUUAGUAACCUUAUAUUGUGACUUGUAUUGACAACUAAUUUCAAUUAAAUAUUAUACUUAUCGGCCUGUUCGGUUUUUAGCCGUGUUGAAUUUAGUUCGUUUGGUCCAUGGCAGGCGUCACUUAUCCGCGCGAUCUUCACAAGACUUGUGCGAGACUUCGAAACGUGACGUGUCAGCCAGGUGUCCGUGCCGCCAUUUUGAAAACUGUUUUCUAAAUGAAAUAUUGCACAAAAACGAGUUUAAAUGACGAUUACUGCCUACUUUUUUCAAACUUUCCUGGUUGCUAUCAAAACAAACAAAACAUCUGGCUUGAUCACAUCAGCAUUCGAAAGAGGGCGCGCGCGUCUUUUGACAACGUUGGCAGACGUCGGUCACUUUUGAUUUCUGCUGUAUGUUUUACUUCUGUCCUACGAUGUAUCACACAGGUCUCAACGAAUUUUCAUUUACGGCUAUUACUCUGACAUAUGGACUGAUAUAUAUAUUUAUUACAGAGCAUAUUUCAAACACUCAACUUGCUGUAGCAGUGACAAAAUAGCGAUCAAAAAUGCAUUCCUAUGUUUAGUAAAAUGAGAAAUAGAAUUUUGAUAAAUUUGCCUUCAGUUCUCCUGUAAAGCUAGACGGCCUUUCGAUUUCAUAAAAUCGGUGAAAUUUAGUUCCCUCUGAAAUUUGAUCAAUAUAAUGUGCAUGAAAUCGCUCGCUUCAUGCUGUCAGUCCGUGUGCGCAUGCGUGGAUUUACCACCUCCUUUUGGGUUUUACAGCAGCUGGCAUCCACAGUGUUGCAUUACUGCCAUCUACAGGUUUACCUUGGAACUGUCAGUGCACGCUCAAUCAUUCUGUCACUAAACGAACAGCUGAUCACACCGAGGUGCUCGCUGACCGCCGAUAUUUAUUAGUUUGGUCCCAUGUUUCCUUUCUUUCGUAUAUAACAAUGUCUUUUUCUUCCUGCUUUCCGUUACUGUAGUCGGUCUUUCACAUUUCAUUCGCACACUCGCGUCCUCCGUUUUUCUCUCCUGUUUCAAAUUUGUAUCCCACAAUGCCUUGCGCGAACAGGGAAAGCCCACCACGUCAUGCAUGUUGUAGUAUCUUGAAUUGGAUCAUGGUGAAGCAGAAAAAAUAGCGGAGAAUUUAGGGUCACGUGGCCCUCAAUUCAUUGUUCUAUUUAAAAAAAUAAAAUUGGAAGUCUGUGAUUCGAUUUUAGUAGCUUUCGGUCCACUAAACAAAAAUAAUUGGGUGUUGGGGGAAAAUUCUUUUUAUGACCUAUACUUAAAAUCUGAAAGGCCGUCUACCUCUGCCCUCUCUAAUGCUUGAAAUGUUGAUUUUUUUUUUUUAACAAAUUCAUCAGAAAAAAUUCUCAGAAUGUCAUCCUUGAUGACCAUGUCAUCACUCAGAACAACUUUUAGAGUGUAGAAGCCGUCUUGGUGGUGUACUUCCACAGAAAUGGGGGGAAAUGGCAUGGCAUAGAGUCACAAUGGUACAGAAUCGCAUGGCAUAGAACGAAAAUAUUGUCAUCAAGAAAUUAAGAUCAUAUGAAUAGCCAAGUUUAGCUUCAUGGGUUUUUGCUAAAACGGGUUAAAAGCUGCCAAUUUUUUUUCUCUCUAAUUAUUACUGUAUUGACGUGAAUGCAUAUGAAUUUUAUGAUAAAAAUAAUAUUCUAUAA